AUGGCAGCAUGCAAGGAGCUAAAUCCUCGGGAAAAUUUUAUCCGAGAAUUUGAGGAAUGGCAGGCAGAAAAUGCCAGCGAAACCAUAUUUCUGUUAGAAAUCCAGUGCAAUGAGGAGGGGACUGUGGUGCUGUGCUUCCUCCUGGAUGGAGAACAUGAAUUUAGACUCACAUGUCCACAAGAGUAUCCAGACCAUGUUGAUCAUUUCUUCGUGGAGGCUGGACCAUCUGUUAAAAUCUGGGCCAAUGCUUUAAAUGAGUAUUUAUUGGACACUCCAUCACAACUGUCUCUGAAGCAGGUGCUCACAAAAGCUGAAGCAUUGUAUGGCAGUGAAUCAAAAAGAAGAAAAGUUGUGGAGGCAGCAUCAGAGGAUGAAAUAAGCAUGGGAGAAGAUGAGGAUGAUGAAAAUGAGGAAGCCAUGUAUUCUGAUGAGGAUGACAGUGCUUUUACCACGGAGUGGGAACUCAAAGUGGCCAGGAUAAAGAAAAGAUGGGCUCAGAAGGAAGCAGAAGUUAGAGCUGAAAUGAAAAAAGCUAAGUUAGGACCUGGAAUGACAGAACUUGGGGCACUUCAGGCUUCAGGACAGGAGAAACAGCAAGCCAAACAGAUCUUCACUAGCAGUGCAGCCUCAGGAAUACUGACCAAUGACCUGGUCAAGAUCCUGGAGGAGGAACAGAAUCUUGGCUUUUCAGCUGACCCUAUUGAUGACAAUAUCUACCAGUGGUGUGUUAAGUUGUACACAUUUCAGGAAGACAGUGAUCUUGCCAGAGAACUUGCAGAGAUUUGUGCCAGGGAUGGUUACAACUACAUAGAACUGCAGAUGGACUUUGCCAUAGACCUAUAUCCAUUCUACCCACCCUUGGUGAAGGUGAUACGCCCCAGGUUGCAGGGUUCCAUGAUGCAGAGGGUAACUAACAUGGAGAUGUUGAAGCUUUCCUACUGGAAUCCUACCAAAGAUAUGAAAAGUGUUCUAACUGAUAUCAAGGAUUUCUUACAACAGUGGGCACGGCUGGAAGUAAACAGUGAGAGGAAUGAUCCCAAGAGGUACCCAUCUGGAGCCUAUGUAGAUAUAGAGCAUCAUUUACUCAGGCUGGCCCUGGUAAGUGAGGUCAACCCCAGAGCUAACUUCAAGUAUCUGCUGGAUGAAGACAAAGUAAUGGAGAUGAAGGCAGCUCCAGCCAUUGUCAUGAAGGACCAGAAAGUGAAGAAAACAGAAGAGUUCUGGGCCAAAGGUGUUGGUUAUGGCCACAGCAGACGACCAGGUAACUGGGAUAUAAAGGCAUAUUUGGCAGCAAGGGCAGAAAAAGACAAACAGAUCGAGUCAGUCCUGCACAAAAUCCACCACGAGUUGAAAGUACUGUAUGCACAACAUGCACCCCAACUGAAGCCUCGGGUCAGGAAGCAUUCCCGCCAGCAGCCUGUGGACCACCACAACCAGUCUGUGGACCCAGUGGAGGAUAUGUAUAAUAUACUGGAGGGAUCAGCACUUAUUCCAUUUCUAGAGCAAUACAUGAAAGCAGACUCCUUCCUGGAAAUUAACAGGCAUACUUCGGUUUACAAAGUGAUAGUAGAUAUCAUCAAGGAAUUAGCCUUGCAGCCCCAGUUGGUUCCUUUGUUGUGGGUUCUACCAGACCAAGCUGCCUCAGUGUAUCACCUGUUGGAAAACUUAGAGAAAAAGGCCAAUGUGUUACUGCAGCAUGUGUGCAGGGCAGGCAAUGGCUGCAUUCCACAGGCUCCUAAAGGAAAAGAGAAAGAGAAGAAGAAAAAUAAAGAGAAAAACUCCAGCCUCCCGUCCACGUCCACAGGGACCAGUAUUGGUGAGAAUAGACCAGCUGAGGAGAAGUUGGCAAGGGAAUUUAUCAAUCUAUACAAGGAUGUAACAGACUCCCUGCGGCGUUCUGGAGUGUUCAACAGUGUGGAAGAGGAGGAGGAGGUGAUACAACAGCAGCAGCAUCAACAGCAACAUCAGCAACAGGAGGGAGGAGACCCGGAGAUGAUGGAUAUUACUAUCACUUCCGUUGCUAAUAAUGAGCAAAUUGCAUUGGAGGAACAAUAUAAAAAACUUCUGAAGGAUCUCUUGUUUGACAGCUGUGAAAUGGAUUUGGAAGGCCCUAGAGCACACCAUUAUACCAGUGAGUUCAAGAAACAGCCAAUCCCAAGCCAGUCUCAGGUUUUCAGGAUAGCCCAGGAGCUCACCUCUUUGUCCACUUCACUACCGCUGGAACUUUCUUCAGGAAUUCUUGUUAGAUCUGAUGAUGAAAAGCUUACAUUAAUGAGAGCUCUAAUAACUGGGCCAGAAGGCACACCUUACUCUGGAGGCUGCUACCAAUUUGAUAUUUUCUUUCCACCAUCAUAUCCUAAAACACCACCUCUAGUCAAUUUACAAACAACAGGUGGUGGAACUGUGAGAUUUAAUCCUAAUUUAUACAAUUGUGGCAAGGUGUGCUUAUCUCUGCUGGGGACUUGGGAAGGACAGCAAGGAGAACAGUGGAACGAGACCACAUCCACUGUGCUGCAGGUGUUAGUCUCUAUACAGUCCCUGAUCCUGGUGCCAGAACCUUACUUCAAUGAGCCUGGCUAUGAGCAGGAGAUAGGGACAGAUGUAGGGAAGAAACACAGUCAGGAGUAUAACCUAGAUGUGCAAAUCAACAAUAUCAAAUAUGCCAUUAUUGCCCAACUGCACAACCCAAGCCAGGGAUUUGAAGAUGUGAUUAAAACUCAUUUCUACCUCAAACGAGAAAGAUUAAUACAGGAAGUAGAAGGCUGGGUGGCCUGUCAGAAGAGCAGCAAGUUAGAGAGAGCGUUCCAAAACAUGAAACAAGAACUUCGAAAAUUGCAGCCACCACCAAAUGUUGCCAAUCUGAACUGUAAUAUAAAGGAUUCCCCACAGCAAACUACAAAAAAGAUCUGAACAAGAAAUAAAGUAAUCUGUCAGGCAAAAUUACAUGGGAAAAGCCUCGGCUCCUUCAGGGGCCAAGGUCUGUUCCGUGUCCCUGUAGGGGGCAGCACAGACACCGUCACGUUGUUGCAAGGGGGAGCCACUGUUGUCAGUCAUCACCAUAAGAACAGAAUUCAAGUUUCUACACAUCUAUCACUGAUGAAAUGUGGAUAAAACUAGUGAUAUGUGUAAAAAAGGUUAUCUGCAAUAUGAAUAUAUACACUGUGCAGCUUGAACAUACUUAAGCCGAAUAGAAAUGUACAGUGUAUAUACCAGACCAGUGAUUGUCUUGAACAUAAACAAUCCCUGUUAAAGUUGGUGCUAUAAAAAUAUUACUAAAAAAUAUCUGUGUAGAUGGCACAAAAAUUGUUAAUGUGUAGUAGUUGUUUGUUGAUGCUGUUAGUAUGUUGUAGGACUUCAGAACUGAUCAUGAUGAUGGAGCUUAGAUUAAUACUGCAAGUCUCUGGUCUUGGCAAGCUGGCCCUUUUUACUGUAAGGUGAGUUUUUAUUAGGUUUCCCAAACCAUUAUGAGAUUACAUUUUGAAAUGCGUCAGUAGGUUAAAUGCAGAAGCAUCAGAUUUUAAGACGUUUUACAUUAUUUAUUAUAUCAUUGAUGGUUUUAAACAAAUGGAAAACAGCUUAGGGGGUUUAUAAUGGAAGCAUGAUCAUUAUUUAAUGAAAGAAAUUUUUACCAAUGUUCAAAUAACUAGAAGCAACUGAUUUUGUUACAGCAACUAUGUAGUGCCAGUGUAAAGAUUUGAAUUUUCCUAUGUUUGUGGGUUGUUUGUUGCCUAUAGCUGAUAUGACAGUUGCUUGUAGAUUACCCAGCAUGUUUCAUUGCACAAACAUCUUAUGCAAUCUACACAACGGGCAUUCCCAGAUUCAUUGAAUAUUAUAAACUUUCUAUUCAAUAUGUAUUACCAAUUAGUGUGAUGUAUAUAUUGGCACCAAUAUUCUUCUCAAGUUCUAGAACUAUAACAUUAGUCAUCAGAUGGCACAGCUAAGGUAUAGCACAAUAUUGGGGGGAGGGGGUAUAUUUGGACAUACACCCACUCAUCUUCAUUGUGAUUGUGUAUAAUAAAAACAAGAUAGCUGCUCCAAAAUAAAAUUAUCCAUUGAAUUAAGUUUUUCUUCAGGGUUGCCUAUUUUAUGUAUUUAUGCAGUUUUCAUAUUUAGGUAUCAGUUCCAUUUGUUUUCAGGCAUUGUCACAUUGCCAGAUUUGUUAAUAACAUGCCCAACAACAAACAAAUGUACUAUGAGAACUGGAAUGUUGCAACCUGCAACCCUAUCUGGUGGCUUUCACUUCUAUCC